CGAGGGGCCUGGGCGGGCAGCCCCUGAGGGCGGCGGGGCUUGCGCGUUAGAUCCGCGGGCUGGGUUUGCGGGACGCGCGUACUUCCGCCGCCGGGGAAAGGGUGGAAGGGCGGGCGGCGGGGCUGGCCAGCGCCGUGCGGCCACGUUGCGCAGCGCCCUGUCGGCCGUCGCGGAGUAAAGCGACACGUCUGCUCCGAACUGCGGCGCGGCGGUGGUUGUGCCGCCCGCCUGAGGGGACGCAGGCGGGCCCCUGAGGGGACACAGCGGCCGGUCUUGGAGGGAAACCUUUUGGAGGUAGCUCAGGGGACUGCUUGGUGCGCUUCACGGCUUAGGAACUACAUUAUUCACACAUAAUGGGAAACCGAGAUAAAGUUGUAACUUCGGCUACUGAUAAUAGACCUCUUCGUUGGAUAAAGUGUGUCAGGGUUCAAAGUCACCAAAAGUCAGUCUGGCCUUGUACUCUGAGUAUGGGCAGGCCAGCUAGGAGACUGAGCAAAGCCAUUGCUCCAGAUAGCAAACAAGUGCAUCUCAUUCCCAGUGACAUCACUGUGGAGAUGCAAAAGAGGAGCACCAAAUUCUGAGACUUGCUGCAGGUACAACAGGAACAAGGGAUAAGAAACUGACAAUUUAAUGACAUGAGAAAAAAUGAGGAAAGAAAGCACUUGUUAGAAGGCUUCUGUGUCAUAUUAUGGAUCCCUGGCAUUUCAUUCUGAAGAUGAAUUGUCAUGAAACUAGUUAUUGGAGGUGAAGAUAGAAAACAAGAACAUUACAGCGUGAACCAGUGUAUGAAAACAAAUGGAGCUGGGUACUUACAGCAAACCUGGCAAAAGGGUAUGGUGGUGUGGCAUAAACUGAAAGGAUUGUUCCUGACAAACUCAAGGCUGGUGGUUUGCAAUCAGGUGCUAAGAACACUGCUGUUUCUCCAAUCCCUGCUCAGCUCCCAGAAGGGCAGGCAAAUUCCCUCAUGAACACUGGGAAAAGACAACUGGUGCCUCAGUUUACUGCAGUAUAUAAAGUCAUGGACUGUAGCCCUGGAGCUGGCCAAUGCACAUGCAGGCUCAGGCCUUUUCUACAAAAAAGUUAUACUGCCCAGCACGGAAAGUUCUUCCCAGUUGCUCACCUAAUCGUGUGUCUUGUCUGUAAUCAAAAAAUAUUGACUGGCUCCGUAAGUCCAUCCAGUGGCUGCAUAUGGGAACUGCAUGUUCUAGAAGGCUGCCUGCUGUUUCCCGUGGAGAUCAUGAAACGACGUCGGCUUCCUAGCAGCAGUGAGGAUUCUGACGACAAUGGCAGUCUGUCCACCUGGUCCCAGCAUUCCAGAUCUCGACAUCGGAGGACUUCCUGCUCCAGACAUGAAGAUCGAAAACCUUCUGAGGUGUUCAGAACGGACCUGAUCACUGCCAUGAAGUUACAUGACUCCUUCCAGCUGAACCCUGAUGAAUACUAUGUGCUGGCAGACCCCUGGAGGCAGGAGUGGGAAAAGGGAGUUCAGGUGCCAGUUAGCCCAGGGACCAUCCCAGAACCCGUAGCCAGGGUUGUGUCUGAGACGAAAGCUGUCACGUUCACACGUCCCAGGAAGUACAUUGUUUCAUCAGGUUCAGAGCCUCCAGAGCUGGGCUAUGUUGACAUUCGAACCUUAGCAGACAGCGUGUGUCGGUACGAUCUCAAUGAUGUGGAUGUAGCAUGGUUGCAGCUUGCCAAUGAAGAAUUCAAAGAAAUGGGGAUGCCUGAGCUGGACGAGUACACGAUGGAAAGGGUCAUAGAGGACUUUGAACAGCGAUGCUAUGAUAACAUGAAUCACGCUAUCGAGACGGAAGAAGGACUUGGGAUUGAAUAUGAUGAAGAUGUUGUCUGUGACGUCUGUCAGUCUCCAGAUGGAGAAGACGGCAACGAAAUGGUGUUCUGUGACAAAUGCAAUAUUUGUGUGCACCAGUAUCAACAACUUAGGCUCAGCAGAGAAGGGGAAGAAAGAACUUUGAGGCAAUCAGUAGGGACACAGGCAUGUUACGGGAUCCUGAAGGUGCCGGAAGGCAGCUGGCUGUGCAGAACCUGUGCACUCGGUGUUCAGCCCAAGUGUUUGCUCUGUCCCAAGAAGGGUGGUGCCAUGAAACCGACCCGGAGCGGCACCAAGUGGGUCCACGUUAGCUGUGCUCUGUGGAUUCCAGAGGUGAGCAUUGGAAGCCCAGAAAAAAUGGAGCCCAUUACAAAGGUUUCUCACAUUCCCAGCAGUAGAUGGGCACUGGUGUGCAGCCUUUGUAAUGAAAAAGUUGGAGCUUCUAUACAGUGUUCAGUGAAGAACUGCAGAACAGCCUUUCACGUCACCUGUGCAUUUGACCGUGGCUUGGAGAUGAAGACCAUACUGGCAGAGAACGAUGAGGUGAAAUUUAAGUCCUACUGUCCCAAGCACAGCUCCUCCAAGAAAGCAGAUGACGAGCCUGUCAGUGAAAUCCCGGGCCAGGAGAAUGGCAAUGGGAUUCAGGACAGCUCUCUUCCUGCCCACAUCGAUCCUUUCCACAGCAUGGAUCAAACCCAGGAGGAAGCCCACAGAGUCAGCCUCCGCAAGCAAAAGCUCCAGCAGCUGGAAGAUGAGUUCUAUACGUUUGUGGAGUCUCUGGAAGUGGCUAAAGCACAGCGGCUGCCUGAGGAGCCGGUGGGAUUCCUUUACCAGUACUGGAAGCUGAAGAGAAAAGCCAACUUCAAUAAGCCUUUGAUUACCCCAAAGAAGGAUGAAGAGGACAAUCUGGCUAAACGGGAGCAGGAUGUUCUGUUCAGAAGGUUGCAGCUCUUCACACACCUCCGGCAGGAUCUCGAGCGGGUGCGUAAUCUCACUUACAUGGUGACCCGAAGGGAAAAAAUCAAGAGAUCUGCUUGCAAAGUUCAAGAACAGAUAUUUAAUAUCUACACAAAGCAGCUGGAACAAGAAAGAGUUUCAGGUGUGCCUUCCUCAUUCUCCUCAAUGGAAAACACGGUGUUGUUCAACAGUCCCUCUUUGGGCCCCAAUGCCCCUAAGAUAGAGGACUUGAAAUGGCAUUCUGCGUUCUUCAGGAAACAAAUGGGCAUGUCUCUAACCCACUCCUUGAAAAAACCACACAAGAGAGACAGAGUAAGAAACAGCUCUGGGAAUGACAGCAAAUCUGUGCUGGGGCAGCCCAGCCAAAGGGAGGGCGGUACAGCGCCAGGUGGCUUUUUAAAUCUUGACAAGACCUUUGCAGAAACACGGAUUGUAUCAGCACAGCAGAAAAAUGGCAUAGUGAUACCUGACCACAGAAAAAGAAGAGACAAUCGUCCACAGGGUGAGGUGAUCAAGGCCGAACUAAAGGAAAAGACUUCUAAACACAACCACAAACCACUGAGACCCACAGAACUCUCUCAGAGGCAAUCGGAAAACAAAAGGGCUGUGAACCACUCCAGUGGUAGGUCAGCACCUGGCACGCGGAGGGAUUUAGUGCCUAAAUGCAAUGGGGGUCUUGUCAAAGUAAACUCUAAUCAGACAGUAGUUAAAGUGCCUACGACACCCACAAGCCCAGUGAAAAACUGGGGCGGAUUCCGAAUUCCAAAGAAGGGGGAGAGGCAACAGCAGGGUGAGAGCCCGGAGGAGACCUGCCGCCAGAACUCCAGCUACCCCUACCUGGGCGUGGGCAGAGUUUCACCGAAGGACAGGGCAAAAAGCAAGCUGAAGCCUGACAGUGAGAACGAUGGCUACAUCCCUGAUGCCGAAAUGAGCGACUCGGAGACUGAAGUGGCUGAAAAAAAGUGCAGGCAGCAGCGGCUCAGUCCAACCAGCACUAUCAGCAGAAGGACGGACAUUAUUAGGAGAAGCAUCCUAGCAUCCUGACUGGACACUGAGUAGAGUCACUGCCUACAGGCCAACUCCGCAUUAUUUAUUGGUGUGAGAGAGGAGAGUUCUUGGACGUGGCUACAGACUGACAAAUUGAGAACCCCGUUAUUCCUGAGCUGUAUAAACAUGUUUACAUGCACUUAAAGCUGGUUUUUUUUUUGUUUUGUUUUGGUUUUUUGCGCACC